AUGACUGAGCCAGAGGAUCCGAAAAAUUCGGAAUUAAAUGCUUUGGAGCAAAGAGGAUAUUUAAUUGGAAAAAAAGUCGGUCAAGGUUCGUAUGCUACCGUACAUGUGGCCGAUUACAUCGAUGAUUCCUCUAAAAGAAAAAUGCGUUUGGCAUGUAAAAUCUUUGAUAAAGAAAAAGCUCCAAAAGAUUUUCUUAAUAAAUUUUUCCCGAGAGAACUUGAAAUUCUAACAAAAAUAGAAAAUCCAAAUGUAAUACAAGUUCACAGCAUACUUCAAAGGGGUCCAAGAGUGUUUAUAUUCAUGAGGUUUGCAGACAAUGGAGAUCUCCUUGAUUUUGUUAAAAGAACUGGCAUAAUACCUGAACAUCAGGCAAAACUUUGGUUUCGACAAAUGAUAAGCGGACUUCAAUAUUUACACGAUAAAGACAUUGCGCAUAGAGAUCUUAAAUGCGAAAAUAUAUUGCUGUCGAAAAGAUUUAAUGUUAAACUAGCAGAUUUCGGUUUUGCCAGGUAUUGCAUUGAUAAUGACGGACAUAGAAUAUUAAGUCAUACAUACUGCGGUUCGGCUGCUUAUGCGGCCCCUGAAGUCGUCAGCGGUACGCCCUACAAUCCGAAAUUGGCCGAUAUUUGGUCACUUGGAAUAAUUCUUUUUAUUAUGCUCAACGCGUCAAUGCCUUUCGAUGAUUCCAAUUUGAGAAAGCUGCUUAGAGAUCAAACAUCCAAGAACUGGACUUUUAGAACAAAAGUACGAGAAAGCGUGUCCCCUCUGGCUAAAACUCUUGUUAAACAAAUACUUGAGCCCGAUUUGACGAAAAGGCUCAGAUUAGAAAAUUUAGUUAAUCAUGAAUGGGUUCGGAUUAGACGUGAAAGAGCAGCUGCACUGGCGGGAAGGCUCGUUCAUUCAGCACCCACCUAUCAAAAUGUUAUGAGAACACAUGAAAUUAUUAAUAUUAAUCCUCCGAAAAGCGUCAACGGUACCAAUCACUGA